AUGUCCACAGAUAAAGAAAAGUUUGCGGUAGAGGUGUAUCUUAGAGAAGUUGUGGCCCAAGCUAACCAGAAGUAUCACUGCAACAUCAUUCUCACAGAUGUUUUGUCCGCCAGUCUGCUUCAGUCGCUUUCGUCAUGUCGUGGCAGGCUUGUCGAUUCGUUCGAGCACUAUGCAGCACUGUACGAUAUCAAGCCACCAGAAGAUUCUCAGCUGUCCGCCUCUGCCCGCCAAGAAUAUAUGAAAGAGCGUCAAAAAGUACUCUUUGACUCGUCGAAGGCAGGCCUCUUCACAAACUUCCUCCACAGUCACGAGAUCACUGGCGAUACCGUCGACCUUCUCAUGUUCAACAACGAAAAUUUGAUAGAGGGCCAUAUCCAAAAAUGGUACAGGGACACUAAAUCGCCGCUUUGUGACGAGACUUUCAGUCGCAGCUUAACCACGACUCCAGUCACGCUGUUGGCGUGGUCAGCAGUUGCGCUGCGAGCUUCAAUUGACAAAAUAGUCAAUUCACGUGCUACCCGCUUCAGCAAGAACAAGUACGCAAGUUGGUACUUUGAUAUUGUAAAAGACAUGGAGCGCACCUCCGCGCAUCCAGUUCAUGGGAAGCUGUUCAAAAGCCGUCUGUUCAAGCUCCACGUAAGAGGGAUGGAGGCAGCGACAAAGUUCUUACAAGACAAUCAGACUGCUGGAGUCAUCUAUAUACCCUCAUUGCCAUCGGAAUUGUCUCAGCCUCUUGACUUGUUCAGGUCGAAGUUGAACUUUCCUAUCUCGCAAUCUUCCACUGCACCCGCGCCAUUGCCAGUGUGCUCGGCAGGAGCUGAGCCAUACUCGGAGAUUCCUUCCCAGUUUUCACAAAUACACACCUUUGCAGGAGGCUCCGAGUCACUGUUAAUGCCCCCUUUGCAGACUCGGAUAACUCGCUCACAGGCCCUUCUUACUAUUCACAACCCGGUGCCAGUUCGCAGUACCUUGGACACGAGAUGA